CUUUGCCUUUUCUGGUAGUUAAAGCCACUGAAAGAACAAGCAGGAAUUCUUUGUGCUGCAGCGGGGCUGAGAUAUAAACCAGACUGUGGAAGUUGAUAUAUGAAGAGAGGGGAUACUCUGCUGUCCAUGGACUAAACUUCACCUACUGUUAAGUGUGAAAGUGAGGAGAAUCUUUUGGGCAUCAUGGAUGAUGACUUUGACCGUCGCAUGGAGCUGAGGAGGCAGAGGAGAGAGCAGAUGCGCCUCGAAGCUGAAAAGGUGGGUUACACCAACGAUGAUGACGAGGAGGAAGCGCGGGAGCGAAGGAGACGUGCAAGGGAGGAAAGAAAGAAGAUGAGGGACUUGGAGGAGUCUGGGACCACCGAUGUGAUCAACACUAACAGUGUUGCAGACACUGAGUCGUCCACUACCACCACCAGCACUGGAGGUGCAGACGAUGAUCAGGCUUUGCUGGAGCGCCUGGCCAAGAGGGAGGAGCGAAGGCAGAAGAGAAUGAAGGAGGCCAUGGAGAGACAGAAGGAGCUUGACCCCACCAUCGGCACCACCAACGGCACAGACAGCACACUGGAAGAGGAGUCCUCCAUCAGCAGCAGCAGACAGCGACAUGCAGAGGAAGAGGAGGAGAAGAAGGAGGAGAAACCUGCCCAGAAGGAGGUGGCAGAGACUGAUACAAACUCCUGGAGCAAAGAGGAAGAAGAUAAGAAGGAAUCCGUUGAGGAAUUAAGAACACCAACCACAAGAAAUGAGGAGGAGACUGAGGCUGCAGCAACAGAAGUGGAGGUUGAUUUAGGAAAGAAAGAUGAUGAGGAAUCUGUUCCUGAUGUUGACAAGGAGGAAGAAGAAAAAAAGAGGAAAGAAGAAGAGGAGAGACAGCAAAAAGAAAUGGAGGAAAAGCUGCGGGUAGAAGAGGAGAGGCAAAAAAGGGAAAUGGAGGAAAAGCUAAAGAGAGAGGAAGAAGAAAGGCAGCUGAAGGAGGAGGAGGAAAGGAAGAAGAGGGAAGAAGAGGAGGAACAAAAAAAGCAAAUGGAAGAAACCCUGAGGACGGAGGAAGAGGAAAAACAGAAAAAAGAGAUGGAGGAAAAAAUUCAAAAAGAAGAAGAGGAAAAACAGAAAAGGGAGUUAGAGGAGAGACAGAAAAAAGAGGAGGAGGAAAGACAAAAGAAGGAGAUGGAGGAAAAAAAGCAGAAAGAGGAGAAGGAAAAACAAAGAAAGGAGAUGGAGGAAAAGAAGAAGAAAGAAGAGGAGGAAAUACAAAAGAAAGAAGUGGAAGAGAAGAAGAAAAAGGAGGAGGAAGAGAAGAAGAAGAAGAAAGAGCUGGAGGAAAAGAAGAAAAAAGAAGAGGAAAAGCUGAAAAGAGAGGCUGAAGAGAAGAAGAAAAAAGAGGAAGAGGAUAAACGCAAAAAGAGAGAGAUGGAAGAAAAGAAGAAGAAAGAGGAGGAGGAGAAGCCAAAGAAAUUCGGUUUCAAGGAAAAGAAUGAACCAGUCAAACAGAAUGAAGCUUUCAUUGAGAAUAAGCUUAAGAAAACAGAGAAGACAUCAAGGGACAGCGCUCCCCCCACCAAGGCGGACGACGUGCAGCGUCAGGAGGCCGAACGAAAGCUGCAGGAGCUGAAGCGCCGACGAAAUGAUGCAGAGAGCGAGGAGUUCGAAAAGAUGAAGCAGAAGCAGCAGGACGCAGAGGCCGAGCUGGAGGAUCUGAAGAGGAAGAGAGAGGAGAGGCGGAAGAUCCUGGAGGAGGAGGAGAAGCAGAGGAAACAGGAGCUGGAGGACAAGAAAGCCAAAGAACAGGAGGAGAGGAAGAGGAUGAGGGAGGAGAUAGAGAAGAGGAGGGCAGAGGCUGCAGAGAAGAAGAAACAGAAGGAGGAAGUGACUGCAAAGCCUGCCUUUACCAUCAGUCCCAAAGGCUCCUCCAAGAUCGGGGAGAAGGCAGAAUUCUUGAGCAAAUCAGCCCAGAAAAGCACUGCAGCCAGAGUGUCACACUCUCCAAUUGUCUCCAAGAUAGGUAACAGACUGGAACAGUACACUUCUGCCAUUCAGGGAAACAAAGAUGUCAAAUCCCCCAAAUCUCCAGUGGCAGAUAUUCCUACAGGAGGCACACGCAGCAUCAAGAACAUGUGGGAGAAAGGCAACAUCGCCAGCUCCGCUGAAAGUCCAGCCCCUGCCAACAAGGAUGUGAUUGGCAUCAAAGGCGGUGUGGCCGGAAGGGUCAACAGUUGGAUGGCAAAGCCUGCAGAGGCGGACAAGACAACACCGGCACCAGCAGCAGCUGCAGCUGCAGCAGCAUCACCAGCAGCAGCAAAGCCAGCAGAUGUGAAACCGGGCGACGUUGGUAACAAGCGAGGCAUGUGGGAAACCAAGAAGGGCUCUACACCUGCCAAGGUGGCAGUUGGAGGAAAGAGCAAGUUUGUCACAAAUGCAGGCGUACGACCCUAACCACUGGCGUCCCCAUUAAAAUCAAACCUGACCAACAAAGCUCUGCUGCUGUAUGUGCAUCCAUUUCCCUUCAACACGCCUGUAUUUUGCAAGAAGUGCCACACCACAACGAGGAAAAGACGAGGGACCAGGAUGAGUGACGUUACAGGAUUCCAGCAUCAAAGUUUUCCGGCUUUAUUCUUAUGAGUAACUUUUGCACUGUGUGCUCAUAUAAAAGUAAAAAGAUAUUGAUGUGUGUUCAUCAGAUGUGACUUGAUUUUUUAUUUUACUAGGAAAUUCAUAGAUGUCACACCCAAUAAGGGUUUUCAGGGCAAAGUAUCACAUGUUAAAUGGUUAAUAGUUAAUGGAGCAGAUCAUGGAGUAUCCACCUGGUUAGUCCUCGCUGUUUUCCAUUCACGAAUUUGAAAUAACAGCUUUAACAAAUUUCAGAUGGCUGCUUAAAUGUUAUACUGCUUUCGAGCCACAGUGAGUUGUCCACUCUUCUCAUGAUGCAUUUGGGCUUUGAUGUUAUUGUUAUGUAGCUUAUACCCAAUAAUAGGCAUUUGUGUUUUAUUGUCACACACACUCACUGCUUUUUGGGAUGAUAGUCACAGUUUAGACUCCAUAGAAAGCCUGUACAUAUGUAAUUUGUUUCAUCGGUUGGUAGCACUUUCUCCUGAGGGACUCUUUAAAGAAGAUUAUAAAUAGUCAGUGAUGCCUUUCCUUUUGAGGGAUUUAUAAUUUGUAACUAAUGACUUUAGUGAUUAAUAAAUCAUUUACUAAUUCAUUAUAGAUCAGUUAUAAGGCUGUCAGGAGGAUGGUCCACCACUUCCACAGUAAAAAUAUACAGACAUUUAUACAGACAUUCAUGGUUCCCAGAGGAUGAAGCCUGCUGACCUUGGCGAACCCCUGAGUUUUCCUCUGGCGCCACCACAAGGUUGAUAUUUGGGGGUUCUGAGUGAAACGUAUCGACAGUUAUUAUAUGGAUUGCCGUAAAAUGGGGAACAGACAGUCAUGUCUUUCUCAGGAUGAUUCGUAUUAACCCUGGUGAUUCUCUAACAUUUUAACUAGUAUCAUUAUCUGGUCCAAAUUUUCUUUUGUCCAACUCUUUGGUUUAGGAGCAAAUACCUGCAAAACAAAUCACAUUCCCAUCAUCCUCAGCUGUACCUUGUGUUUAUUGCUUAUUAGCAAAUGUUAGCAUGCUAACAAGUUAAAGGAGAUAAUGGAUGAGUGGAGUACUGUAAAAUCCUCUAAUGAUGACUUAUCAGCAUUUACACCUGCAGUGUAGAUGGAUUAUAAUGGUGAGUUAUUAAUGGAUCAUCAUUCAUAACUGUAUUGUUACUAAAUAGAAGUCAAAACACCAAAACCUAAAACUUGCUCUGAUCAAUAAGCCACAACUGAUCUGUAAAGCUUUAGUAAAUGACUAUUAACAAAGCUCUUGGUUUCUUUACACAAGAAGAUGAUAUCAGUGGCACAUUCUGCCCAGGACUGCAGCCGGAGUAACACAGUGGGCAAGCAGUUCAACAUUUUUGUCAACAACACCUGGGUUUGUUACCUUUUUGACUCUUGGCAGUUUAACAAUCACAUCAGUAUGUAAUAUAACCACAAGAGAAAGCAAAGUACAUGUGUGUGCAAGCGAGUAUCCACUGUAACAACUAUUCAGUGACCAAAUAUUAUGCUCUGUUUAACAAGCAGGUAACAGUCUGACUUCUUGCUUAUCUCUCAUCAGUUUACAUGCCACUACCUUUGCAGUUUUAGUUGCAUUUCAGCAAGACAAUCGAAAGAUGCACUCUCGUUUUAAUAUUGCCUGUAAUUAACUUUAAUUUGUAGCCUGGUGCUUCUAUCAGGCAGCAGUGCACAUGAGUUGAAUCCUGCCAAAAUGUGUUGUGCUUCUCUCAGUAUUGUUGUGGUGGACUGCUUUGUUUGAAUGUUUGAAAUUAUUAUUUGUGCUUGCUUCAGCAAUUAAAAAAAA